AUGGCGACGAACUUGUUCACCAAAACCAUAGUUGCACACCAAACGGGCUCUUCAAGUAGUUCUGGGAUGACCAUUGACUCGGGUGCAUCGACAGCUGCGCCGUUGACCGCAAAGACCUCGGGUGCUGGGGGACAACAGAAUCCACCGCCUGCAUUUGUCGUAUGCGAUGUCAAUCAAGAUGCGACCCAGACUAUCAUAAGCAAGAUGAAGGAAAAGUUUCCCGAAUACGAGGUCAUCGUGGCAAAGAGUCCUGCCGAAGUGGUCUCUCUGUCAUCCACACUCGUCACUAUGUUGCCUUCGUCACCACAAGUAAAGUCUGCGUACCUUGAUUCAGCAGACGCGAUUGUUCCAGCACUUGCUAAGUUAGCUAACGGCGAGCCAACUUUGCUGAUUGACUCGACGACUUUGGAUAUUGAAGUCGCGCGGGAUGUGGCCGCCAAGGCAGAGGCAGCGGGUGCGAUGAUGGUAGAUGCACCUGUCUCAGGAGGUACGCUUCAUUGCCUUCUACAACAGGAAACUAAUGCGGAGAGUCAAGGCGUUUCGGGUGCUCGCGCUGGAACGCUCUCCUUUAUGGUCGGUGGACCACAACCUUCUGUCACCCUGGCCCAACCGUAUCUCUCCCUGAUGGGUGCACGAAGCAUUCAUUGUGGGCCCUCAGGCUCGGGGCUUGCGGCGAAGAUAUGCAACAAUAUGAUACUGGGAGUUCAGCAAAUUGUGGUGGCUGAAGGAAUGCUUCUGGGCGAGAGGAUGGGUUUGAAGCCAGACGUUCUGGCUGGCGUCCUGAACAGCUCAACUGGUCGAUGCUGGAGCUCUGAAGUCAAUAACCCGGUCCCCGGGGCGCUUCCAAAUAGCUCCCCACCCUGCAAGGCAGACGACAUGAACCUCGCGCUGCAGGCAGCGUCAACUUUCACGUCGCCACUCAUAUUAGGAGCUACAGCCAAGGACGUGUACGAAAAUGUCGCAAAACACGGUACACUGGCGCAGAAAGAUUUCUCGGUCGUGUACCAGGUUUUAAAGGUUGCCGCCGAGGCUCAAGCGGCUCAAGCCACCCAGGCAAAGGAUGAGAAACAUGGCAUCAACAAGGAAGGAAUCCUAGAAGAAUGGGCAACGGAAGGUGGCGACCGCAAAGACGUGUUCUUCUAUCAAGCAGACGACGAGCAUUAUAUUCCUCGCGCCAUUCUUGUGGAUCUAGAGCCUCGAGUCAUUAAUACCAUUUUGACAUCUCCAUUUGCGAAUCUGUACAAUCCAGAGAACAUUUUUGUCUCAAAGGACGGUGGCGGAGCCGGAAACAUCUGGGCUCAAGGCUAUGGGGCCGGAGAGAAGAUUUACGAAGAGGUUAUGGAGAUGGUUGACCGAGAAGCAGAAGGAAGUGACUCUCUUGAGGGGUUCAUGCUCAUGCAUUCUAUUGCAGGUGGAACUGGAUCAGGACUCGGCUCAUUUGUUCUCGAGCGGUUGAACGACCGAUUCCCCAAGAAGCUCAUCCAGACAUAUUCGGUGUUCCCUAAUCACGCCGAACCAGACGUUGUCGUGCAGCCCUACAACUCAUUACUCACGCUUCGAAGACUUGUGGAUCAUGCAGACUCGGUGGUCGUAUUGGACAAUGGCGCGCUCGCACGGAUAGCGGCAGACCGACUCCACAUCCAGAAUCCCAGCUUCGACCAGACGAACCAACUGGUAUCGACUGUUAUUGCAGCGUCCACUCAAACCCUUCGCUAUCCGAGUUAUAUGAAUAACGACCUCGUUGGCAUUGUCGCGUCUCUCAUUCCAACUCCUCGGUGCCACUUCCUGAUGACCUCGUAUACUCCCUUCACCGGUGAUCAAAUAGACCAAGCCAAAUCCACACGCAAGACGACGGUAUUAGACGUAAUGCGUCGUCUUUUGCAGCCUAAGAACAGAAUGGUAUCAACAACACCGAACAAAACUGCAUGCUACAUCAGCAUCCUCAAUAUUAUCCAAGGAAAUGUCGAUCCAACAGACGUCCAUCAAUCCCUCCUUCGUAUCCGAGAACGCCAACUUGCAAACUUUAUCCCAUGGGGACCCGCAUCCAUCCAGGUGGCCCUCACACGCAAGUCACCUUAUAUUGCAGCGAGCCAUCGUGUGAGUGGUUUGAUGCUCGCAAACCACACGAGUAUCGCUUCGCUUUUCAAGCGGAUGUUGGAUCAAUACGACCGACUAAGAAAACGAAACGCGUUCUUGGAGCAGUAUAAGAAAGAGAAGAUAUUUGAGGGUGGCUAUGGAGAGUUUGACGAGUCACGCGCCGUGGUAGAAGAGUUGCUCAGAGAAUACCAGGCUUGCGAGAGCCCCGAUUAUAUAUCCUAUGGGACUGGCGAAGCAGAUGCCUCCUAA